GCAGAGACCGGUCCUUUGUCCGAUCCUUGCCAGAGCUGCGGGCAGGACCUGCGGCGCCGUGAGAUGAAUUGGUGAGGCAGGAAAGUAGAGACCACGAACGGGACUUCGGAUCUUCAUCACCCACUCCCGCUACCCCGGCGAGUUGAUUGGCCCGCAUCUUUUCGACGUACUUGCGGUCGCGUAUCCGUUCCUUCUCGUCCAUACGCUCCGAGAUGAUCUGCUCCCGUUCAAAUUCGGGCUUCCCGAGUAGCCUGUGCGUGUGUGCGUUGAGACCGCAGGGGGACCACCACGACCAUGCAUACUCACUCCGCGCGGUCCUGCUCGUCGACGUAUUUUCCUUCCAGGGGGUACAGCUCGGAGUCACCCUCCGUAUCCUCUUCUUCCUCACUCUCCGGUUCGUCGUCCGAACUGCGCAAGACCGGCCGUCAAUGCCGCUGGGGAGAGCGGGAUGCGGGCCGACUCACUCGGCAACCUUCCGCUUCUUCAGGCCUUUCUUGCUCUUCCCGCCCGGCGCCGACCCGUCGCGGCUCCUCUUCCGCUUCGAAGAGCCAUCGACGAGUUCCAGCAGCUCGUCGUCGAAAUCCAUGGGGUGGUUGUGGAAGUCAGGUCGGCGACAGUUUGUUUGCUGCUGCUUGAUUCAAAUAUCGGUUAGCACAGUUCGCGCCAUGACAUUUGAACCGCGCGAAGGGAGUCCUGGACCAUUCAGUGUGGUAUAGGGGUCUCUUCUAUUGCUAGUGUCUUCACAAUUGUCGAGCGGUGGCCCUGGGGCCUUCGACAGGAUCACGAAACUAAUAGUUUGAAAACUGGGAUGAAAUGUGGCUCUCUCAGGUGGCCACCAGAUCAAUAGUACGGCUGCGCAUAUGUCGCAAGCACACUUUCAUAUGGCUCCUUCGAGAUGGAUCCAGAGCAAUAAACAAGUCGCGCAGUUUCUAGAGACUUCCAUAUUGGGCGAGAUAUAACUUGUCCAUGACGCUGUUCUUCUUUCUCCACCCUCUCGUCUUUGACGAUGUUCGGCUGCUGCGUCGCUGGCCGUCUCCUUCAGACGAACUUACAACAAGUCGAUGAAACGCGUGCCUAUUUCGAGCUGCCCGCCGCCAGCUCAAUCAACCACAUCUGCGUGUUUCUGCUCGGGACCAUCCCAUUUCCAGAAGGUUAUGGGUGUACGGUCCACUUUUUCUGGCCGGGGAAGGGAUUUCAGGUCCUCGGGAUGCUGUCAAACGAGAAACCAUCCGCCAUCUUCCGACUCCGCGGCACCUUCACCGCCCAGUCCGCCAGCUCAAGCCACUCCGCCUUCUCAGAUGCAGCAGGCGGAGCGCCCGACGCCGCCGCCCAAGUCACGGCGAUCCUCGGCCUGGCAAUCGAACCCCUCGCCGACAUCGCGGCGCAGAUGUCUUCUAUGAGUGGUGCAGUUGCCCGGCCGGAGCCGACGCGGGAUCCGACGGUCUUGGCGGAGCGCAUCGUGAAGCACCUCUUCAACUACGUGUCCGGGUUCACAGGCGGGAACGCGGUCUCACCUGAUGUGCCGGUGCCGAUGGGGCUCAUCGUCAAGUGGUAUGAGAGCUUCAUGGCGAAGGUGAAGAAUGGCGGGAUCGGUUUCUUAGAUCGGACGGAGUGAGGG